AUGGCCGAAACACCUGAAUGCGUGAUAUGCCAGGCGGCCAACGAUACUUGGCGCCACUCCCUGUUCGAUUGUCAGAUGGCCAGAUGUGUUUGGGCUCUCGCGGACGAGGAGUUGACUGAGGUCGCCAUAUCAAACCGCACGGAGGAUCCUAAGCUGUGGUUGCAUUGGCUCGUGGACACUUUACCGUCGGAGGACCUCUCCAAGGUGCUUGUGACGAUGUGGGCGAUAUGGUGGGCUAGACGACGGGCUAUACACGAUGAUCAGUACCAGAGCCCCAUUAGCAUGCAUUGCUUCAUUAACAAAUUCCUUGCUGAUCUUGAGUUGGUCACUAUUCAGAGCUCCGAACGAGCCAGCGGCAUGCAUGCAAGGGAAAAGGCUGUGCAUGCAAAAAAUGAGCUGCAGCGUGCAGUGCAGGAGGACGGGCUUGUACACGAUCUCUCGAAGGGCUGGCAGCGUCCAACAGAGCAUAAUGUGAAAAUCAAUGUCGAUGGGGGCAUCUCGCGGGACAGAACGAAAGGAGCGGCGACUGCCAUCUGCCGGGACAAAAAUGGACUUUAUUUGGGUGCCUCGGUCGUCGUGUUUGAAGGCUUGAUUGACCCGGCAUCAUUGGAAGCUCUGAAGUGGUGGCCAAUAUUGAAGCAGGCGUUCCGUGUCACUAUGUCACUAUCUUGA